UUUCAUAAUAUUGUACUUGGAUCUGUAUAUCAAUUGAAUUAUUUUGAGCAUUAUGUCGGGCGUAGAAGAACCACUGCAGAAUCUUUCAAUAAAUAACGACAGCAAUAUAGAAAAUUCUAUAAAGUUAGUCCCAUGUAGCUUUCAAUUCUAUUCAUUCUCCGAGAGUUUUCAUGAUUGCAUAUGUCAUUAUCAUGUUAUUCAAAUGAGUAACAGUCUAUUCAUUUAUAUUGGAAACAAUAAAGAAAUGACAAAUAUUGCUUUAUCGAUGUUAACGAUGCAUUCAAAGGCCCCUGUUAGCACUGUUUUGUUUGGUGAGACUACAGAUAACAUUUCUCUUGGAAUCGCUAACAGAUUAUCGAAGCGACUGUCUAAACAAGUAUUUGUUAGUUAUAAUUUAGGACAGAAUAAAAUUCUCAUAGCGAGUAUUGAGAAAAGGUUACUCGAAGAAAUUAAUAAACACCCAACUAAGUUUUAA